CGUUUAGAUUGUCACAGAUAAUGGCUCCAACUACAAGAAAGCAUGUCGGCAGCUCAUUGCUCAGUAUCCACAUAUUACUUGGCAGCCAUGUGCAUCUCAUACUAUCAAUUUGAUGUUGAAGGACAUAGGAUGUUUUCCAGAGGUCACGGAAGUCGUGGACAGUGCAAAGCGAAUUUGUAGAUUCUUUUAUAACCAUAACAGGCUGCAUGCUAUGAUGAGGGAGCAGAUUGGUGGAGAGUUAGUUCGGUGGAAUGCCACCAGGUUUGGUACAGUUUUCAUCUUCCUUGAAAGUUUCUGGGACAGGCAAGAUAAGUUUAAAGCAUGGAUGGUGUCUGGUGAGUGGACCAACAGUGCGUGGAGGGAUGAAGAGGACCAUGAAUUCACAUAUGAUUGUUUGACAAAUAGAAGAUGGUGGAGUGACAUGGAAUUGGUGUUGAAAGCUGUCACACCAAUAUACUAUGUACUUCGCUUUGCUGAUCAGCAGAAAAGUGCAUCUAUAUCUGGAUUCCUUCCAAAGAUGUUGAAAGUCAUAGAUGGCAUACAUGCUACAUUAAGCAAUAAGGAAGAGCUCCGUGAUAGGAUAAUGGAAGUAAUCAACACGAGACUUCGAUAUCUUCUCAAUGAAACACUCAUGGCUGCAGCUGCUGCACUUGAUCCCGAAGCACUAUAUAGGUCAAAGCUUGUGAAAAAAUCAUCUUCCAGACACGCCGUCACACUAGCCCUCAAGAAGAUUGCAAGCUCAUCUUCGAAGGCAUCUAUUGCAAUUGAUCAAUUUGCUUUCUUUAGUGCAAAGAGAGGGUUAUUUGGAGGAGAGGAGGCUCGACGAUCAGCACUUUUUGGCCGUACGAGUGCAGCUGAUUGGUGGGAUUCAUAUGGAGGAGAGCACAAAGAACAACAAAAGCUUGCACGGCAUAUUGUUUCACAAUGCAUGUCCUCUAGUGGGUGUGAGCGAAACUGGAGCACAUUUGCUAUGGUUCAUACCAAGUUGAGAAAUCGGUUGGGUUACGAUAAGCUCCAUAAGUUGGUUUAUGUCCACUACAAUUUGAAGUUGCACAUCCAACAUUUCGAAACUAACAUGCAAAGCUUCCAAGAAAUACAAGGCUCUAAAGAAAGGGAGUACGAUCCUUGUAGCAUCAUGAUGGAUGUUGCCAUGUAUGAUGAAGGCAAUCCAAUCAUGGAUUGGUUGUGCAACUCUAGGAGUGAGUCUGCACCUAUUCUUGAUGAAUAUAUUGACAACGAGCCUGAAUCCCUAAGCCCAAGUAGAUUUCUUAUAGAAGAGUUAGGAAUGGAUGAAGAAGAAGUGGCCAUAUUUAAGAGGAAGCUUGAUUUUGGUAGAAAGGGUGGUAAGAAGAAAGGGAAGGUACGAUUGGAGGAAGAUGAAGAAGGUAUUGCGGACGGUUUGAGUUGGAUUCUUCACAAGGUAGUCCAACUUAUGCUGAAUCAGGGGAUAACAGUUCAGAUGAUGAUGCAGUGCUACACGUGA